CAAACUAGUUCUACUUCAUUCCAAAAAAUAUUAGGAAACAAAACUCGGCUUUCCCAGCAAACUGGGUGAUCUUGUGUGCUGUGGAUUUUUAACAUUCUUCCCUCUUGAUUUUCAACUUGAUUUGAAGGGCGAGUUCGUCCAGGAAGACGAUGCUGAAUCAUAAAAAGAUCCGAAAUGCCCAGCAGUCUCAUAGAAAAGAAUGGCCGUGUCUGAGCAAGACAGUGUUUUCGACAAGCUUGCAUACCUUUCUCUGGUCUCCAGGAUUUGCAUAGAGCUUGAAAAUCAUGAUGGGGGUCUUGGAGACAAAGUCUUGGCAAAGUUGAUAGCCGACAUGGGACGAAACUGUGAGGCAGUGGACGAGUUCCAUAAAGAGUUGAAGCAAAACGGUAUUGACCUGCCUGAAAAUGUCAUGUCUAUUUUGUUAGCAAUUAUUCACUCUGUUCUUCCUCCUACAAAGGUUUCUGAGAAGAACAAAAUCCCAGACAUGGCAAUUAACAAUAGCAUGCAAAGGCAUCGAGAUGAUAAAAGAGGUCAAAGUGAGCUUAGGCGUAGAAGGAGGCAUAGAAAUUCACAGCAGAAUAGGAACUUGCCAAUAUACAAGUUGAAGAAUGAGCUUAUUCAAGCUGUGCAUGAAAAUCAGGUUCUUGUUGUCAUCGGUGAGACUGGUUCGGGCAAGACAACUCAGGUAACACAGUAUCUUGCUGAAGCAGGUUACACCACAAAGGGCAAGAUUGGAUGUACUCAACCCCGUAGAGUUGCGGUGACGUCUGUGGCCAAGAGGGUUGCUGAAGAAUUUGGUUGUGGAUUAGGGGAGGAAGUGGGGUAUGCUAUUCGUUUUGAAGAUUGUACUGGACCAGAAACUGUGAUCAAGUACAUAACUGAUGGGAUGCUCUUUAGGGAAAUUUUGGUUGAUAAUGAUCUUUCUCAGUACUCUGUGAUCAUGCUUGAUGAAGCUCAUGAAAGAACAAUCUACACUGAUGUCCUCUUUGGAUUGCUGAAGCAACUAGUUAAACGACGUCCUGAUCUUCGCUUGAUUGUCACCUCUGCCACAUUGGAUGCUGAGAAGUUUUCGGCUUAUUUCUUUGACUGUAAGAUAUUUACUGUUCCUGGUAGAACUUAUCCUGUAGAAUUGUUCUACUUGAAUCAGCCCGAAAGGGAUUACUUGGAUUCAGCUCUAUUAACUGUUGUGCAGAUUCACUUGACUGAACCUGAGGGUGACAUACUUCUCUUCUUGACUGGUGAGGAGGAGAUUGAAUCUGCCUGUCAGUCUCUGAAUGAGAAGAUGAAAGAAUAUGGCAAAGGCGUUCCAGAAUUGAUCAUUCUACCGGCUUAUGGUGCCCAACCUAGUGAAGAACAGGCAAAGAUAUUUAAGCCUACUCCUCCAGGGAAGAGAAAAGUGGUGGUGGCUACCAACAUUGCUGAAGCUUCUUUAACCAUUGAUGGGAUAUUUUAUGUCAUUGAUUCAGGGUAUGCAAAGCAAAAUGUGUAUAAUCCGAAGAAAGGGAUUGAUAUGCUGACUGUAACUCCAAUUUCACAAGCAUCAGCCAAGCAACGAGCUGGACGUGCUGGGCGGACAGGACCAGGCAACUGUUACCGCCUUUACACUGAGGCUGCAUUUAAGAAUGAGAUGUCGCCUACUACAGUUCCAGAAAUCCAGAGAACAAAUCUUGUAUAUACCACGCUUAUGAUGAAAGCAAUGGGGAUAAACGAGGUUCUAUCUUUUGACUUCAUGGAUCCACCGCCUUCCCAAGCGCUUAUUUCUGCUUCUAAACAACUGCAAAAUCUAGGAGCAUUGGAUGCAGAGGGGUCGGUGACAAAAUUGGGUAGUAGAAUGGCAGUGUUGCCUCUAGAUCCACCUUUGUCGAAGAUGCUGCUUGCCAGUGUGAACCUUGGAUGCAGUGAGGAGAUUUUGACCAUCAUUGCAAUGGUUGAGGCUGGCAAUAUCUUCUACAGGCCUAGAGGAAAACAAGCUGAAGCUGAUCAGAAAAGGGCCAGGUUCUUACAACCUGAGGGAGACCAUCUGACUUUACUUGCUGUUUAUGAGGCAUGGAAAGCUAAGAAUUUCUCUGUACCCUGGUGUUCUGAGAACUUUGUCCAGUUUCGGUCACUGAGCAAGGCUCGGGAUAUCAGGAGACAGCUUCUUACUGUCAUGGACAAGCAUGAAUUAGAGGUUGUAAGUGCAGGAAGAGAUCGCACAAUGAUCAGAAAGGCGAUUGUAGCUGGAUUCUUCUUCCAAGUAGCUAAAAGGGAUCCACACGAGGGUUAUAGAACCUUUGUUGAUAAUCAGCUAGUUUUUAUCCACCCGAGCAGUGUUCUUUUCCGGAGACAACCAGAUUGGGUCAUCUACAAUGAGCUGGUGAUGACCACAAAGGAGUACAUGCGCGAGAUCAGUGUAAUAGAAUCUAAAUGGCUCAUGGAACUGGUGCCGGGAUUUUUUAAGGUAACAAUUCCUUCAAGGAUGAGCAAGCGGAAACGUCAAGAAAUUGAACCAUUUAGUAGACAGUGUGCUUCGUAUGUGUAGAUCUGAAGUUGUAAAUAGUACUCUUGUUGGCAAAGCAUGUAGAUAUUGUUGUCAAAACUUUGUAUUCAGGUAUGGAUGCCGUAGCUAUGAUUUAACUAUUUCCGCCAAGUACAGACACUAUUUGUUCCAUGUUUAAUUUUCGAAUGCGAAUCAUUUGUCAGUUUAAUCA